UAUACAGAAGAGUAGUGACUAUUAUUUUCAACGCCGCUCUUACAGUCUUCAUAAAAACCGUCCUUUAGUUAAACCAAUGAUGGUUGUUGGUUCGGAUGGCUAUGUGCUGAGCGUUCUUGGACCAUAUAUGGCAGACUACAGUAACAAUGAUGCAAGCAUCAUCAAGCACAUGAUGAACAAGAAUUCAGAAGACAUGAAAGAUUGGUUAAAGGAGAAUGAUGUCAUGGUGGUGGAUAGAGGCUUUAGGGAUGCUGUGGAAUUUCUACAGGAAAGUGGGUUGAGGGUAGAAAUGCCUUCCUACCUUCAGAAAGGUGCAAAACAGCAUACCACUGAAGAGGCAAACCUUUCAAGGCUAGUCACAAAGGUUAGAUGGGUGGUAGAGAGUGCCAAUGGUAGGCUAAAACAGUGGAGACUCCUUGAUAAAGUUGUUCCAAACACUCUUGUACCCCAGAUCGGCGAUUUUGUCCGAAUCAUUUGUGCAAUAUGCAACAAGUUCCGUCCACCUUUAGCUAAUAUGGACCCACAAUUGGAAGAGGAGGCCACGAAGAUGUUGGAAAAAGUGUGUCUGUCUAAUAAAGUCCAGGAGUUUGUGGAAGAAAAUAACCUGGUGAAGAGGAGAGUUCCUUAUAAGAAAAUUGAUAGUAUCAAUGAUGUAUUAUCUGAUUUUCCUCACCUAAGUAUGGAUGAUCUUAGGAGUAUUACCAUGGGUGUGUACCAGAUCAAGCAAUGCAUCUGCUAUUCAAAGGAACAUUUAAGUGAUGAGGGAACAUACGACUUAAUGUUUUGUACAGAAUUCCCAAGUUUGCUACAAGUCAAGAUACAAUCUCGUCAUUCAAAGAACUCGGUACAUACACUUUGGAUCAAGUACAUAUUGGAGGACAUGUCUUGCCCAAUAUCUGGAUGGUACUGCACCUGCAAAGUUGGAGCACGAGUGGUAGGCUGUUGUGCCCAUGUAGCCAGUGUGUUAUGGUAUAUUGGAUACCAAAGACACCAGGAUGAUCCUUUGGCAAAGGGGAAAAAGUUAGCACAGUGUCUGGAUGAUGCCGGGGAAAAUGCAACUGUGGACAAUACUGAAGAAUGAUUUCUGGUACAAAUUGUAAAGUAUACAAUACCCAGCUGAACAUAUGCAUUGUAAUGUAUACAAUAUACAGCUGAACAUAUAUAUUGUAACUUAUACAAUAUACAGCUGAGCAUAUACA